AUGUCAGCUGAAUCUUUGGUCGCCGCAGAAUGUUUAAAAAAGCAAGUGAGGCAUCGAAUGAGCGAUGACGACUGGGGCAUCGAUAUCAAUCUUCUACGUCUCCAGGGGCUGCAUACAUUUGCCGUCCAAAUUCCCCGCGACUCUGAUCGUAAUUCCGGCUGGAUAGAGCUAGACGAGAUGCUGCCUUUCCUUGUUUUGGCUCCCAAUCUGAAGCACCUUCUCUUACAGAGAAAUCUCACAUAUCAAUUCCCAAUCACUAUGCUAAAGCAAGAAUGGCACAACUUUGCUGUUGCCACGAAGCCUGUGCCAAUAUCCUCCUUGCAAUCGAUUUCAAUCGGUCAACUAGGGCCACAUGAAGAUAUCCUACUACGGCUAGCGAAUAUUAUGGAUCUUUCCCAACUUCGGUCCCUUCAAAUCGAUCAGACAUUCGACACAGCCGUACUCGCACGGGUGGCUGCGCUUUUCCCCAACCUCGAGCGACUUUUUAUCUCGACAAAUGGACGCGGUUGGCGCUGUCCAGAUCUUAGUACUGACGAUAAUAUUGGAAUUGCCGCAAUAAGGGCAUUCAAUCCCCUGAAAUACCUCUAUAUUCGCGGUCUUCGCAGCGUUUCGUCUUUGAAUCAAAUUAUGCAGCGCCAUGGCCCUUCUCUGAAGGGUCUUAUCAUUAUACCGUGCACCCGGCGUAAUGGUAGGACGGGCGAACUCGAUUCUGGGUAUAAAUAUCCAGAACUUGAUGCCUUUGAUAUAAGCCAGCUAGCCAAGUCCUGUCCCCAGCUAGAAGAACUCCGUCUUCCGAUCAAAAGAUCCAUGGGCAGUCAAGAAGAGUGCGAAAUGUAUAAGGCCGUGGGGAACUUUUCAAACCUCUAUAGCCUUGUACUAGAUCUUCAUUUCGACCACCGACCGCGGCCAGUGUACCGAAUUCAAGUAGCCGAGACAUCUGUUCUUCAAGAGGUAUUCGUGAAUGCGGCCAUGGAUGAGAAACUCGCUCUUCAGAUCUGGCACUUGAUCUCGUCCAACCAAGCAUCCUGCCGCCUACGGAACCUGCGUGUCGUGCCUUUUGGUCUUGAACACCUCCCGAAUGACGAAGAACGGCUCCUUGAUUGGUUCGCUCGUUCGUUUUUGAUCACGCGCUAUAAUUUCCAAAACAUGGGGGUACCGACUGUUAGGGAAAUCGGAAAAAGUGAAAGGGAGAUACGGCAUCAGUCGCUUUAUCAAGCCCCCGAUGGAAGAUGCAUCCCAGAGAGACUAGCACAGGUUCUUUCUGAUGUGUGGCCAUCCGAGCCUGGAGAGAAUGGCUGGGAGUCGGGUCGCAGCAGCUUCCCUUUGCAGUCAAACGAUGCUUAA